CUCUUGGGGGACCCUUGAGCCACCGCCGCCACCGCAGCCGCAGCCAUGCUCUCUGUCCGCCGUCUGCUCGCCACCCUCCCAGGCCCGCAGCAGCUGCAGCAGUCGCCUUGUUCAGCUGUCAAGGGGCUCAGCAUGGCGGACAAGGAGAACACGCCGCCGGCCCUCAGUGGCACCCGCGUGCUGGCCAGCAAGGCCGCCCGCAGGAUCUUCCAGGAGCCGGGCGAGCCGAAAGCGAAGGUACCAGCCCUCAGCGUGCAGGACGAACCGCUGCUGAGAGAGAACCCCCGCCGCUUUGUCAUCUUCCCCAUCGAGUACCACGACAUCUGGCAGAUGUACAAGAAGGCCGAGGCUUCCUUCUGGACAGCGGAGGAGGUGGACCUUUCCAAGGACCUGCUGCACUGGGAGACCCUGAAGGACGACGAGAGGCACUUCAUUUCGCACGUCCUGGCGUUCUUUGCAGCCAGUGAUGGCAUCGUGAAUGAAAACUUGGUGGAGCGGUUCAGCCAGGAAGUUCAGAUCACAGAAGCCCACUGCUUCUAUGGCUUCCAGAUCGCCAUGGAAAACAUACAUUCUGAGAUGUACAGCCUCCUCAUCGACACUUACAUCAAAGACCCCAAAGAGAGGGAGUUCCUCUUCAAUGCCAUCGUGAAGAUGCCUUGUGUCAAGAAGAAGGCAGACUGGGCCUUGCGUUGGAUUGGGGACAAAGAGGCCACCUAUGGAGAGCGCGUGGUGGCGUUUGCUGAGGUGGAAGGAAUCUUCUUCUCUGGGUCUUUCACAUCGAUAUUCUGGCUCAAGAAGCGAGGGCUGAUGCCCGGCCUCACAUUCUCCAGCGAGCUUAUUAGCAGAGAUGAGGGCUUGCACUGUGACUUUGCGUGCCUGAUGUUCAAACACCUGGCACACAAACCUUCGGAGCAGAAAGUAAAGGAAAUCAUCAUCAAUGCAUUUAAGAUAGAACAGGAGUUCCUCACGGAGGCCUUGCCAGUGAAGCUCAUUGGGAUGAAUUGUACUUUGAUGAAACAGUACAUUGAAUUUGUGGCUGACAGGCUCCUGCUGGAGCUGGGUUUUAGCAAGGCUUUCCGAGUGGAAAACCCAUUUGACUUCAUGGAGAACAUCUCACUAGAAGGGAAGACCAACUUCUUUGAGAAGAAAGUAGGCGAGAAUCAGAGGAUGGGGGUGAUGUCCAGCUCCACAGAGAACUCUUUCAUGCUGGAUGCCAACUUCUAAAUGAACUGAAGGUCUGCUCUUUGCUGAUUUUUUUUUCCUUCUGAAAAGAAAAAUUAGCUGCUUGAAGUGUUUCAGCCCGCGACACCACAAAUUGUCCCUAAUGUUUGUAAAUGACCUCUUUAUACCUGUGUAGCUACCACGAUGUUCGUCCUCCUUGUUAACGGUGCUAUGGUGUCACCUGGGAAGAAAGCAUAGCCGAAA